UUUACAUCACACCAGCUACAUAACAGACCACCGCUUUACACAGAUCAACACCUGAAUUAACAGAGUAGAAUUUCCUUUUUAAAGAGAAGGAAAACCCUUGACAAAGAACUUUACUUUUCAAAUUUCCAAUCAAGACAAGAGGACACAUCAUAAGGAUGGGAUCUGCUGGGGUACAGAUUGUAUGUGUGGCCCUUGGGGUCCUGGGCCUGAUCGGGGGCAUUGUGUGCUGUGCCAUCCCAAGGUGGAAAGUGUUAUCAUUUACAGGACAGAACAUCGUAACGGCACAGGAAACUGAAGAGGGCCUGUGGAUGACCUGUGUGGUGCAGAGUACGGGCCAGCAGCAGUGUAAGAGCUAUGAGUCCCUGCUGGUCCUGCCAUCUGACCUGCAGGCGUCCCGCGCCAUGACCAUCAUCAGCUGCAUGGUCACCUCCCUGGCCAUCCUCAUCUUGUUCGCCGGUGCCGACUUCACCACCUGCGUGGAGAAUGAGGACAUCAAGCCCAAGAUCAGCCUUGUGGCCGGGAUCGCCCUGUUGGUGUCUGGCCUCCUCCUCAUCAUCCCUGUCAGCUGGUCCGCCCACAACACCAUCAGAAACUUCUACAACCCCCUUGUGGCCCAGAAGAUGGAGCUGGGAACCUGUAUCUUUAUUGGCUGGGCUGCUGGGGUGCUGCUGAUUCUGGCUGGAGGCCUGCUSAUGUGCUUCAGCAGAGCCAAAUCUGGCAGCUCGGGAGGAACCGCCAAGUACUACGGCAACAGCGCUUCAGCCCCCGCCGCCAACAAGAACUACGUCUAGUGCAUUUACUACACGCUCUGUAUGUUUGUAUGUGUGUAGAGAGAUAGUUUAAUGUACUACACCUCUGUAUGUUUGUAUGUGUGUAGAGAGAUAGUUUGAUGGAAAGGAAAUGGGUCAGACAGAAUGGAAACAAGAAAGGGGAGGGGUUUAAUCUUGAGGAUAAAGAAGGGACAUUAUUAGUGGAAAUAAUGGUUGUAAAUAUUGAAUAUUUCAAAAUAGUAAGACUGGUUUAGUUGUAGUUAAUCCAAGGGUCCAAUAUGGUGGUUCAAUUUAAAAUACAAAUAUAUGUUUAUUUUUUGGGGGGGGGGACUAACUCAAUAUACUAUAAUAUACUACAAAUCYAAACUGUGUAGAGAUGAUGAUGUACCUACAUCCAUACAGUUUCUUAACUGUGUCCAGCUCGCUAAUAAUCACCUACYUGAAGGUUAGACAGUCAAGGAGCUGCAGAAAUUCCAAAAACGAUGGAUAGAGGAAAUUAUUUUACAAAUUGUGACAGCGAGGAAAUAUAACCAAUUUUCAGUGUGGAUCUCCGGACCUCGUUGAAGACCAAAUGCAGCCCCCGGGGCAGAAUGAGUUUGACACCCUUGUUGAAACGUGUUAUCUCGUUGAGUUUUUUAGUGCUGGGUGACAUGCUUCUAUAAUGCCAUGAAUGAACAACAGAGAGCAAGGUGAGGGACUCAGUGGUCAUGCAUUUCAAAAUACAUGUAUAGUCAAAUGACUGUAUAUAUCAUUUACAUCCAUGAGAUCACAACUUUUUUACUUAUGUAAAUCAGCUUGCCUUUUACUUUUGUGUAUCAAAUAAUAAAUACAUGUUUUUAUUUUA